AUGCUGAAUGUCAGACCCCCAACUGGUUCUGCGACCUCAACGCCAACGCCGCCGGCUUCACGGGCCACGAAACCGUUUUUGGCAACUGCCGACUACUUAGAACGCUGUAGGAUUGACCCGACCAAGUUCAUCCCCUGGCGGGAACAUGCUCAAGCAGCAGACCUGGAUGAUGACUUCAACGUGCUGGUGCCGCUCUACGUUCGAGCUCAGCUAAAGGUCUCGGAGCGUGGCGGCUUCAACUUCGGGGAGAAUCCGGUGCAGGACAUGCUUGCACUGGGUGUCACCAAGGAGGCAGCAGAGUCUGCAGCCCACAUAUCACUUGAUGUGUAUGGUCACCGGACUCCGGUUGCCUGGGCAGAGAUGGUUAUCUAUGAUGCGGUAUGGGGCAUGGAGUAG